GUAGCCAAUCGUGGCCCGCGGGGCGCGUGGGGGCGGUGGCUUCUCCUCCGGCGGCUCGGGCGCGGGACGGCGGGAGCCGUUAACGGCCAAAGUAACGGCUGCUGCGCGAGCUCCUGCGAGGGGGGAUGGGGCGGAGGCGGGGGGCGGCUUCGUGGCGGCCAUGGCUGCGGUAGCGGCUGGCAGCGGGGCAAGGGGACGGGCCUGCUGGCCUGGACCCUGGCCCGCUCUGGAGAGCCGGGAGCAGGCCGCGCCCGGCCGGCCGUGACAGCUGGCGCAGCUCACCUCAGGGCCCAUCCGCCGCAUCGGGCCCUGCGGCGGGGCAGGCAGGCGGGGGUAGGCCCGUUUUCCAAUGGAAAUAAAAGCAGCUGUCAGAAGAUACGAAACAAGGAAGAAGACAGGAGGAACAGAAGUGGCAUCCAAAUCCCGAGUUGAUUGGAGACGCACUAAAAGGGAGAUCAUCUUGCUUGACAGCGAUGAAGAAUCCUCAUUUACCUCUGACGAUGAAGGAUCUGCCACAUCAGAAGAGGAAGUAGAUGAAAAAGAUGAAACUCUUGUGAAGAAUAGCCUUUCAGAUCAUGAAGAGAAAAGCCAUAAUGGGGCAAUAACAGAGGAUGCCGAGGAUGAGCACGUCACGCCUGGAAAGCGUAAAAGGUCAAGCACUUCUGUACUGUAUGACAGUGAUGAAAGUGAGGACAGUGAUAUCCUUGUUAGAAAAGUUUUUGCUAAACGCCAUUGUAUAAUGGACGAAGAUGAGAGUUCUCAAGAACAGCAACCUGAUAAAACCUGCCUUGCAGAAAAUAUUCCUACUAAUAGGAAACAGCAAGUGUUAGCCAGAUUGAAAGAACUUUCAAGACAAAGAGCUACUCGGACAUCCUGUAAUAGUGAAUGUUUUGAGGAUUCUGAUGCUGAAGUAGAAAUAGAAGAGGAACCACUCUCUCAUUUGCCCCUAACACCAACAGAAGGUAGUGAAACUGACCAUGAUAGCAUGAAAGAUUUUAUAGUUGAUGAUGAUGAUGAUGAUGAAGAGGAAGAUGAUGAUGAUGACACAGAAGACAGAAAGAGUGAAAGCCAGCCACAGCAGAAAGAACUACAUAUAUCAAAUAGCCAGUUGCUGGCAUACUACGUCCCACACUUAUCGCGCUGUGGUCAUUAUGUACACUUCCAAAGAAUAGUAAAGGCUUUCCUUAUAAAUGCAAUUGAUGACACUUUUCUGAACUCAUUAUAUGAUGGAACAAGACAGAAGAGGUAUGCACAAGAUAUGUUAACCUCGCUUCAUUAUUUGGAUGACCGCUUCAUUCAGCCUCGUCUUGAGAACUUAAUAUCUAGAAGUCGCUGGAAAGAUCGAUAUAAGGAGCGUGUGGAUUGCUACCCAGAUGUUCGCAUAAUCAUGAAAAAUCCAAGAAGUAUGUCUUGUCAGGCCUGCGAAUUGAAUCGGUAUUGUAAGUUUGAUGUGUUGCUGUCUGGAAAGCUUUAUAAUAGUAGAACUUUGGAAGCAGAUGACUUCAUGUCACAUGACAAACAGGUUUUGAAAGUUGGCACAGUAUGUGCAAAUCGUACAAGAGUUUAUCAUAAUUUGAAGCACUUCAAAUACAAGUUGUAUGUGGAUUGCAGCACCAUGGCCGAGUUGGAUGGUGUCGAGGAUGAACCAGUCAAAGACACAGUAGAUCGGCUUUUCAGCCAGCUGGAAGGAAAUGGAUGGAUUCAGAAGAGAUAUGAUGAUCUUGAAAACUACAUGAAUGAUGCAGAUAGUUUCCAAGAAGAGAAAAUGGAUUGAGUAGACAUGCAGCCCUUUGGAAGAGGUUUUGUAAAAAUUUGAAUGGCCCAUUUUAUCUGCAUGCACAGUGUCCCUGCUUGAUCUUCAAGAUUCCUUUUAGGCUGUAUUAUACAUAAAUCUGUAUAUCUGUAAAUUACCAUGUAAGAGUAUGCUGUAUCUCUUUUUUUCACGUUUGUCAAUAAUAACUUGAAGUUUUACUGAAUCAGUUCUUUUAGUCACUUUAUGUCACUUUAACUUUCCUUUUUUUACUUAAACAGAUAUUUAGAGGGUAUUUUUAUCUGUGAAAUAAAACUUCUGCCUGUUUAUGUUGAGCUGCAUUGCAGAGAAGGGAGAGGCCGAGACCUUUUGAAGUAGGAAUAGUUGGAACCAUGAAACUGUAUUAUACAAGAACAUACAACUUGCAUCUUACCUUCCCUGUUGCAUGUUACGAAUUUGCAAGCAAGUCCAAGCCUUUAGAAUGAUGGUUAUGAUAGAAGGGACCCAAGUGCAAAGCCUUAUUUCCCCUUCAGGAAUCAAUAUAGACCGUUGCAAGGCAACAGAGGAAGUACUCUGCAGUCCCGACUGCAUUUGCAUCACAAAUAGUCUUUCCCCUUUUCUAGAGAGCAGGUGAUGAGUCACAUUCUAAGCAUCAUACAGACCGAGUCUGGCCUAGCCAUCCAGAUGAAUCCUUGAGCCUACUGUGCUGUCUCUGAUAAGCUGCUGGGGCAAUUUGCUGAGAUUUUAAACAUCAGACUGUAUUCUGCAAACAUUCUGGCAACAACUUGCAGUAAGGGAAGAAUUAAGAGAAUGGAUUAAUGUAGCCAUGCAAGAUAAGCAGGAAUUAUUCCAGCAUAUCAUGACAACAGAAAGUUGGAGUUACUCAGGACCAUGAUGCAUGGCCUACCUGAGUUGCAUGAAUUUAAAAUCCAAGUUUUGGGGGACAGGGAAGUAGCUUUUUGAAGAGUUAGGAAGAGUUAAGUAAUUUUUUGUGCUGUAUAUGUAAUUAAUUAGAACCUAGGUGAAGAUACGGGGCACAGGGUUUUGAAUACAGUCCAGAACUGUUCUUACCUCCUGCUGCAUGCACGUACACUUACUAGUCUUUUGUGGCUGAGCAACUUGGUAAAGGGGAAAAUAUUGUUAACACUCUAGAUUUUUAGAAAUUGCUCUUUGAGAAGUAAAGCUAGGAAAGUCUAUUUUCUUACCGAUUUGUCCAUAAGAACUCCCUGUGUUCGUUAUGCCACCUUACCAGGAAUAGACAUUGUAUGCUGAUUCGCUAGGCAGCUACUACCAGAUGUACUGCGUAAUGGUGAAAUUCUGUUAGCUUUUUUCUAUCGGAGCUGUAAUUUAGAUUUGUCAUUCACUACCCAUUUGCCAGCUUUCACUGUAGGAAAUGAACUACUUCUAUAUUUUUAAGAGGUUGAAAUUCAGCAGUGGAUUUUUAAAAUACUAGGGUGAGCUAACAUUGUCCUCCUUUUUACUAAAUACAGAUUUUUGUUAUUACAUACACAAGAUUUUCAAACAAGGAUGAAAAAUCAGAGUAAACAGAUUGAGACUCACUGUCAUGUAAACUUACAUUGAAGACACUAUUUCCAUACCUUAACUGUCAGUUAGAUAGGUAUACAUAAAAUUUCAGGAUAUUUACAUAUCUCCCUGGUUACCGAAGCUGCAAGUAACUCUGUUUUCUAUUCUUUUUCCUUCACCAUCUCUGUUCUUUUGGGAAUGUUGGUGGAAACACAUCCAUGAACUUAAAUGUACUCAGGAAUCAGUCUCAAGCACAUCAUCCUUAGGAAAGCUGAGACCAUUCAUGCCCCACUUCUUUCUGUUAACAGAAUCUCUGUACCAUACUACAUCCUUGUUGGCUUCCCUGGAGUACUAAAAUAACAAUUUUGUUUGGUGUAACUUUAUUCUUGCAAAUGAAAACAGUUUUGAAAUGAAUGGGUUUUGUACCACAUAAUGGAGUACUCUCUCUCAGGCAUUCUCAACUAGUUUUCAGUUCUAUUACUUUCUGUAUUUUCUGAAAAUUUUAGAGGAAUGUAUGACUCUUAUUUUAAAAUUUUGCUAUCAAGAUGAAUGGUCAAUUUCUUACUUUACAGUGUAUGAACUGAUUACUACCAAAUUAAAAAAAAAAGUUUUGAAAA